CCCAUACCCGUUCACAGCGGCUUUGCUCUGCCUGCUCCCUCCGCUAGCGCAGCUGUGCUGCCAGGCCCGGAUCUGCCAUGGCGUCCCCCGCAGCGGGAGGGGUGGUGAUCGUAGGCAGUGCUGGGGAUUGGACUGGACUCUGCAAAUGCUGGCGGACUCAUUGGCCGGAGCUGGGCCAUGCUGUUUGCCAGUGGAGCCUUCAAGGUGAAACUCUACGAUGUUGAGCAACAGCAGAUAACAGAGUCCCUGGAACACAUCAGGAAGGAGAUGAAGUUGCUGGAGCAGUCCGGUUCUCUGAAAGGUUCCUUGAGUGCUGAGCAGCAGCUGUCUCUCAUCAGCGGCUGCAGCAACCUAGCAGAAGCAGUAGAGGGCGCCAUGCACAUUCAGGAAUGUGUUCCGGAGAACCUGGAGCUGAAGAAGAAGAUUUUUGCCCAGCUGGAUCGCAUCGUGGACGAUAGAGUCAUCCUAAGCAGUUCCAGCUCUUGUCUGCUUCCUUCCAAGCUGUUUACAGGCUUGGCACACGUGAAGCAGUGCAUUGUGGCUCAUCCUGUCAAUCCACCCUAUUAUGUCCCGCUGGUUGAGCUAAUCCCUCACCCAGAGACAGCUCCAGCCACAGUGGACAGAACCUAUGCCUUGAUGAGGAAGAUUGGACAGUCCCCAGUGAGAGUCCUGAAGGAGAUCGAUGGCUUCGUCCUGAACCGCCUGCAGUAUGCGAUCAUCAGUGAGGCCUGGAGACUGGUGGAGGAAGGAAUAGUGUCUCCUAACGACCUGGACCUGGUCAUGUCAGAUGGGCUGGGCAUGCGGUACGCAUUCAUUGGACCCUUGGAGACUAUGCACCUCAAUGCUGAAGGUAUGGUAAGCUACUGUGACAGAUACAGUGAUGGAAUGAAGCGGGUCCUCAAAACUUUUGGUCCUAUUCCAGAGUUCUCAGGGGCCACAGUGGAGAAAGUUAAUCAGGACAUGUGCAUGAAGGUUCCUGAUGACCCAGAACACUUAGCUGCCAGAAGGCAGUGGAGGGACAACUGUCUCAUGAAACUCGCCCAGCUAAAGAACCAGGUGCAGCCCCAGUAAAUUCCUCACAAUGCCUCCUCCUCUGUCACUCCUUCCUGGGAAGCUCUGUCUGGCGAGAUGAGAAGAUCCAAUCCCUGUGCGGCACCCAGAAGCCCAGGAAGCUGACCUGCAGACCAGGUCUGCUUCUCCGUGUUUCACCGUGAGCAGCUGUAGACACGAAGUGUCUCCUGGUCACUCCCGCCUGACCCUGCACUGGGCUGUCAGAGCACUGCUUGGGCUCUGAGGUGUGGGUUUCCUGGGCAAACAGGCUGAAGAUCGUCACCUCUUCUUUCCAGUGUGAUUACACAGGCAUUUCCAGGCGAUGAUUGCAAUUUCCUGUUCUCUUAAUCUACUUCAAAAGAAUUUUGGUAAUCAUUUUCUAAUCCCCGUCUGAGUGUCCUGUGACCCUGCAUUAUGAAACAAUCACCUUCGGUUUGAAUAAAAAAUAUUCUGAUUAAAA